GCCGGCGCGGGAAAAGGGCAGGGCGGGGCGGCGCGGUUAUUGGCCAGGCGCGGGGAGAAGGGCUGCGCUCCGAGUCUCCUCCCGCCAGCUCCCGCUCGUCUUCUUUAAGCAGAACAACUUCGAGGACAGCGCUGCUCGCUCAUCAUGGAUGUCCCAGGUCCGCUGGCGCCCUUCUUCUGAGGACGACCCUGGCCUUGACCAGCAGAGCAGGGGACGCAGGCCAAAGGAGGCUUCCCCGGGCCCCGCGCAGUCCUGCGCGCCCUCCCGCGCUCCUCCGGCCGCUGCCCGCCGUCGCCCUCGCGCGCCCCCGCCCCCCCCCUGCCCGGAUGGCGGCGCCCGGCCGGGGCCCCCGAGGGCCGCCGCUGACCAUGCCCGGGCGCCGGGGGGCGCUGCGCGAGCCGGCUGGCUGCGGCUCCUGCCUGGGGGCGGCGCUGGCCCUGCUGCUGCUGCUGCUGCCGGCCGGCUGCCCGGUGCGGGCGCAGAACGACACGGAGCCCAUCGUGCUGGAGGGCAAGUGCCUGGUGGUGUGCGACUCGAGCCCGUCGGCGGACGGCGCGGUCACCUCCUCCCUGGGCAUCUCCGUGCGCUCGGGCAGCGCCAAGGUGGCCUUCUCCGCCACGCGGAGCACCAACCACGAGCCGUCCGAGAUGAGCAACCGCACCAUGACCAUCUACUUCGACCAGGUAUUAGUAAAUAUUGGCAACCAUUUCGAUCUUGCCUCCAGCAUAUUUGUAGCACCGAGAAAAGGCAUUUAUAGCUUCAGCUUCCACGUGGUCAAAGUGUACAACAGACAGACCAUCCAGGUCAGUUUGAUGCAGAACGGCUACCCAGUGAUCUCAGCCUUUGCGGGGGACCAGGACGUCACCAGAGAAGCCGCCAGCAAUGGUGUCCUGCUGCUGAUGGAGAAAGAGGACACCGUGCAUCUCAAACUGGAGAGGGGCAACCUCAUGGGAGGCUGGAAGUACUCCACAUUCUCGGGCUUCUUGGUUUUCCCUCUAUGAACACAGAGCCCCCAGACGGUGGGGAAGUUGCGAUCUGGACCCAGGCGUCUGCCCUUCCGAACACCUUGAACUUGCCAGAACAGGACCACUUGGUUCCAACCUCCUUCAGACUGUUGAGGUAGAAGAAUGAUUUCCUUCUAAAUCUCCAGUAUUUUCUUUGCAUAUCGGCCACUCCUCGGGAACCUGGCUUCUAAUUAGUUUUAGACGACGAGGUCUUAAGGAGAAACGAAUUUAUCGAUUUGAGCAAUUUGUACCUGUGAUCGUAAAGUCAAUACUGGAUUUU